UGUUUUACACACACAGCUGAGAGAAAAGGGAGCCAGUCAGAGAAAAAACGACCUCAACCCUUCCCUAGUACAGGCAGCAGCACUGGCAACCGCCGUCUCUUUGUUCUACACUGCCUUUGACAACAAUAAAAGUGAUAUUUAGAUAUUUUAUUCUUCAAUGCCAGCGCGGAAAUUUACAGAGAUGGACUCAAACGAGGCUGAGUACAUGGAUCAUUGUGGGUCUUAUGCAAAGAGAAGGAGGCAUGACAACAAUCAGAAGGUCUGUAAUGUAACCUCUGGCCUGGAGUACACAGACCUGGAGGCUGCAGAAGCACUGGUGUGCAUGAGUUCAUGGGGCCAGGGUCACUUUAUCAGCAGCAACAGGCCAAACCCCUGCAAGCCACGACCCCUCACUCCAGCCUCAGACUCUUGUGACUCCCUGUUAGCACCAGAACUUCCAGAGCCUCCAAAGGACUUCGUGUCCCUCUCAUCCCUGUGUAUGACCCCCCCUCACAGCCCCAGCUUUGUUGAAACUUCAGCAUCCACUUCUGUCCCAGCUGUGGCCUCCCCACACUGCAUCUCUGGGCUCCAUCAACCUGUCCUGGCAACCAACACUGAGAAGUUCCCUUCACUCCCUCCUCCUCAGUCCUGCAGAGCCAUGGCGACUAGUGUCAUCCGCCACACAGCAGACAGCACCCCCUGCCACCACCUCAUUCCAGUUGCUCCCAACCCAGAGAAAACAAGAGACACAGUAGCGGCUGUGACGCUCUGCCAGCAGCGACAGCAGCAUUAUAUUACAAAGACUGAUAUUAACACACCUCCAUCUCCUCCUGCUCGUCUCACACCUGCCUUAAAAACAGAACAGCCAACCAGCCCCUCUAAAAGCAGUUUGGACAGUGCCUCCACCCUCACUUCGGUCAGUCCCCAGCCACAAACUAACCAACACACUCCGCCUGCUCCCACAACCCUGUCCCCGCCCUCAGUUACCAGCCCUCAGAUCAUCUGCCAGAUGUUCCCUGUCAGCAGCCAGUCAGGUAUCAUCUCAGCCUUCAUCCCCAGUGCAGUUCAGACAUCCAGCACCGGGAUUCGAACCGCCAACACGCCUAUCCUCCCACAGCCCACCUCCACAAAUGCCUCCUCUGUCCAGCAGUCCCUCAUCGUGGGCUCGGCAGUCCCUCAGGGCACGGUGAUGCUGGUUCUCCCACAAUCCUCUGUUUCUCAGGCCUCUCACUGCCCACAGACUGUCAUGACGCUGGGCAACACCAAGCUGCUACCUCUGGCCCCAGCCCCCGUGUACAUGCCAGCAGGGCCCAGCAGCAGUACAACGGCCACAAAGAUGGACUUUUCCCGCAGGAGAAACUAUGUGUGUAAUUUCCCCGGCUGCAGGAAGACUUACUUCAAGAGCUCACACCUCAAGGCUCAUUUAAGGACACACACAGGUGAGAAACCCUUCAGCUGCAGUUGGGAUGGCUGUGAUAAGAGGUUUGCCCGCUCUGAUGAGCUCUCCCGUCACCGGCGAACGCACACCGGUGAGAAGAAGUUUGUGUGUCCUGUGUGUGAGCGGCGAUUUAUGCGCAGCGAUCACCUCACCAAACACGCUCGACGCCACAUGACAACAAAGAAAAUCCCCUCCUGGCAGGCUGACGUUCGGAGUUUGAACAAAAUGCCUGCUGGAAAAACACCUUCCUCCAAACCUGGCCUCACCACACUAAGCGUGCUGGUGCCUGCCAGCUCAAAGUAGACAAUGAACACUGCCAUCUUUAAUACUCCCGAGAUGCCACGGGGACACCAGGAGCAGUCAAGCACACUGGGCUGCUGCUAUUUUACUCAUGGGAAUGAAAGAAAAACAUGCACUGGACUCUUUGUUUUUCCUCUCUUCUGCGUAUUUGUACGUGUUUUUUUCUCAAAAGGACUCUUGUUUACUUUGAUAUUACUUAUAUGUAUGCACACUUGCCAAAGCCUUUGUAUGAAGUUGGUCUUACACAUUUCACUCUCUGCACCUCUCCUACAACACUUUGAUCAAUGGAUAUGUAUGUCUAUGUGAAUGUAUCUUUGGUGAUGAAAUGCAUUUAUUUGUCAUAUUUGGGAAAAAGUUGACAUUGAAAAACAAUGUAAAUAUGACUAUUAAUCACCAGUACUAUGAUUAUACAAUGAUUAUAUCUCUCUGUCUAACUUUUCAUAUUAUUUAAUACAUAUUUGUAAUAAACAAAAGAUCAAA